CUAUGAUGGCGCCCAUAAUGCGAGUGGAUCAAUCGUUGUUUUCUUUCUCAUGCGGUCUUCAGGUUGAGACGUGCCACCUUUAUGAUGUCACGCGGUACGGCCCCAUGUUGGCGCCCAGGACACGAUCCGUAGCUAUUUUGGCUGAAGCCGUUUCGGCGCACUUGGUCGAGCUUAGCUGCGGCCCUGGUUGGCUCGUCUCGUCUGCGAUGCCCACGAUGCGACGGCCAUCCUAUGACUGCUCUCUGAGCUUGCGUGUAGCUCCGCUGCUCUUCGUGUGCACGUCCAGCAUUGAUACGUGCAGCCUUGUUGGAGGUAAUUUUAUGUUGAAGACUAUCUGCGAAACGUUUGCAGGCAGCAGUAAGCAGACGGACCUCGCGACGGCGGGUCUUCAGGUCAUUGGCGCUGGUGCCGGCCGCACUGGCACAGCGUCGCUGCAAGUCGCUUUGGACAUCUUGGGCUACAACUGUUACCACAUGCGGGAGGUAUUGAUUAAUGGCGACAGCAGCGCGUGGAUGGGUCUGCUCACGGGGAAGAUUGGUGUCGAAGACAUCGUGUCGAUGCUCGUGCACAAAGGUUUUACCGCCACAGCUGACGAUCCAGCAAGCGCGUUCGCGCUCGAGUUUGUUGAGCACCUCCCGGAUGUAAAAGUGAUUUUGACAACGCGCACAGACCCAGAGAAGUGGUUAGACAGUCUUCAGCAGCUUGCAACCCUUGAGAAGGUAAGCUCAUGGUUGCCUCUCGCGAUCAUUCCUCGGUUUGUGAACUUCGGCAAGAUGGCCGUGUUUUACCAUGCAAAGCGAGGUUAUGCAUUUGACCCGGAUUUUAUGAACCGUUCGGUGGCACUACAGUGGUACAACGAUCAUAAUGCAAAUAUUCGAGCCAGAGUACCCAAGGACCGGCUUCUGGAUUUUCAAGUGACCGAUGGGUGGGAGCCGCUUUGUUCUUUCCUGGGGAAGCCGAUUCCUAAUGUUCCGUUUCCACGCGUGAACGACAAGGACGGCUUCAAUUUUGCGCUUGCUUUUCUUGAGUGUCUCCAUUGGGUCAUACUUGCCGUGUCGGUGCUGAUCGUUGUUUGCGCCAUGGUUGCAUGUUGCCGGGCUGGAAGGCCCAAGGUGAAAGUACAUUGAUGAACGUAGCACCCCGCAGAUGCGGAUAAAAGUGAGGGGCCAGUGGGGACGUCGGCAGUUCGCGAGACUGGAGAAGCCCGCCGCAGGCGCCAAAGUAUCACAAAUUACACAACGAGGGCGUCUUGGGUGCAUUUUGAGCCGUGUGUGACCUUCGUUGUUCCAGAACGUCCCCAGCACGCUGUCUUUUGCGAAUAGAGCGCAGAACGGAUGGAACAUUUGAAGGACGAGUCGUUUGCAGUUGGCUUUUGGCCCGUGCCGUCCGUGGGCCUCUGCGAGCACAGCCCCGCGCCCAUUCCCGGAACCAAGGGCUCCCCCGAGGGCGCGAAGUUAUUCGCGCUUCGCGCUUCGCGGUCCUCGUUUCUCCUCCCCCUCCUCCUCGUCCUCCUUUUCUCCCUUUGGGGGGGCGGCGCGAGAGCGCGAAGUUAUUCGCGCUUCGCGGAGCGCGAAGCGCGAAGUUGGGAGCCCUAGUUGAAUGAAAGGCAUUGUGUCUGACUCAUGGGCAGGCAGCAGGCGGCUGCUAAUAUCGUUGGGCGCGCACUCUUGGGCCCGGUGGAUAUACACGCUCGCAAAGCAAGGGAUGUUUCAUGAGUGGUCGCGGUUGCGGAAAAGGUUGUUGCGCCUCCGCUCUCUUUAACGUUAUGUUAUAUUGAAUGGUGUGUCGCGGAUAUUUGCGUUCGUCAUUGUGCCAGUUUUCUGGUGCAGUGAGCGUGCGGUAUUGUGGGCGAAUGCGCAUUACCUUUUGUUGCGUUGCCUGCUGUUGGCGUCAUGACGAAGCAGCUGCGCUGUCUAUGCUCUUCUCCCUGACCCCCGACGCCAUGGUUUUUUUUUCACGGCGACGACCCCCAGAGGUCUCGACCGAUCCCCCAGGACUGGCUUCUCAUCCCGAGUCGUGUUUUGACGGCCUCGAGGCCCUGCCAGGCACCGAAAGUGUGGAAAAGCUCCCCGUCGUGAUUGUUCCUUGCCUCGCGGAAGCCUGCGUUGGAGCCCCCGACGGCUGCUGUUUUGAGGGCCCCUCGGGGGGGGGGCCCAGCGCUGGAGGGCGCCGCGGCCCCGGCGGCGAGGCCCCGAGCACCGCGGCGGCGCCGCGCCGCUCUCGUGCGCUCCCGUGCGCGCGGCCCCCUCCCGUCGCGGCCGCCGGCGUGCAGACCCACGGCCCUGGCCGCCUCUGCAGAGGGCGGCGCGGGGCUGCGCACUUAAGCCCCCGACGGGGCUCGCCCCCUGCUCGCUCCCCCCCGCGGGCUUGCCGCUGAGUUGGGGCCGCUUGCCCAUUUGCGUUGUUGUGCUGAGAGAGAGCG